GUGUGUAGCUAUGUGUGGUUAUGUGUAGCUGUGUGUAGCUAUGUGUGGCUAUGUGUAGCUAUGUGUGGUUAUGUGUAGCUAUGGGUAGCUGUGUGUAGCUAUGUGUGGUUAUGUGUAGCUGUGUGUAGCUAUGUGUGGCUAUGUGUAGCUAUGUGUGGUUAUGUGUAGCUAUGGGUAGCUGUGUGUAGCUAUGUGUGGUUAUGUGUAGCUGUGUGUAGCUAUGUGUGGCUAUGUGUAGCUAUGUGUGGUUAUGUGUAGCUAUGGGUAGCUGUGUGUAGCUAUGUGUGGUUAUGUGUAGCUGUGUGUAGCUAUGUGUGGCUAUGUGUAGCUAUGUGUGGUUAUGUGUAGCUAUGGGUAGCUGUGUGUAGCUAUGUGUGGUUAUGUGUAGCUGUGUGUAGCUAUGUGUGGCUAUGUGUAGCUAUGUGUGGUUAUGUGUAGCUAUGGGUAGCUGUGUGUAGCUAUGUGUGGUUAUGUGUAGCUGUGUGUAGCUAUGUGUGGCUAUGUGUAGCUAUGUGUGGUUAUGUGUAGCUAUGGGUAGCUGUGUGUAGCUAUGUGUGGUUAUGUGUAGCUGUGUGUAGCUAUGUGUGGCUAUGUGUAGCUAUGUGUGGUUAUGUGUAGCUAUGGGUAGCUGUGUGUAGCUAUGUGUGGUUAUGUGUAGCUAUGUGUAGCUGUGUGUGGCUAUGUGUGGCUAUGUGUAGCUAUGUGUGGUUAUGUGUAGCUAUGGGUAGCUGUGUGUAGCUAUGUGUGGUUAUGUGUAGCUAUGUGUAGCUGUGUGUAGCUAUGUGUGGUUAUGUGUAGCUGUGUGUGGCUAUGUGUGGCUAUGUGUAGCUUUGAGUAGCUAUGUGUGGUUAUGUGUAGCUAUGGGUAGCUGUGUGUAGCUAUGUGUGGUUAUGUGUAGCUAUGUGUAGCUGUGUGUAGCUAUGUGUGGUUAUGUGUAGCUGUGUGUGGCUAUGUGUGGCUAUGUGUAGCUUUGAGUAGCUAUGUGUGGUUAUGUGUAGCUAUGGGUAGCUGUGUGUAGCUAUGUGUGGCUAUGUGUAGCUAUGUGUGGUUAUGUGUAGCUAUGGGUAGCUGUGUGUAGCUAUGUGUGGUUAUGUGUAGCUAUGUGUAGCUGUGUGUAGCUAUGUGUGGUUAUGUGUAGCUAUGGGUAGCUGUGUGUAGCUAUGUGUGGUUAUGUGUAGCUAUGUGUAGCUGUGUGUAGCUAUGUGUGGUUAUGUGUAGCUAUGGGUAGCUGUGUGUAGCUAUGUGUGGUUAUGUGUAGCUAUGUGUAGCUGUGUGUAGCUAUGUGUGGUUAUGUGUAGCUAUGGGUAGCUGUGUGUAGCUAUGUGUGGUUAUGUGUAGCUAUGUGUAGCUGUGUGUAGCUAUGUGUGGUUAUGUGUAGCUAUGGGUAGCUGUGUGUAGCUAUGUGUGGUUAUGUGUAGCUAUGUGUAGCUGUGUGUAGCUAUGUGUGGUUAUGUGUAGCUAUGGGUAGCUGUGUGUAGCUAUGUGUGGUUAUGUGUAGCUAUGUGUAGCUGUGUGUAGCUAUGUGUGGUUAUGUGUAGCUAUGGGUAGCUGUGUGUAGCUAUGUGUGGUUAUGUGUAGCUAUGUGUAGCUGUGUGUAGCUAUGUGUGGUUAUGUGUAGCUAUGGGUAGCUGUGUGUAGCUAUGUGUGGUUAUGUGUAGCUAUGUGUAGCUGUGUGUAGCUAUGUGUGGUUAUGUGUAGCUAUGGGUAGCUGUGUGUAGCUAUGUGUGGUUAUGUGUAGCUAUGUGUAGCUGUGUGUAGCUAUGUGUGGUUAUGUGUAGCUAUGGGUAGCUGUGUGUAGCUAUGUGUGGUUAUGUGUAGCUAUGGGUAGCUGUGUGUAGCUAUGUGUGGUUAUGUGUAGCUAUGGGUAGCUGUGUGUAGCUAUGUGUGGUUAUGUGUAGCUAUGGGUAGCUGUGUGUAGCUAUGUGUGGUUAUGUGUAGCUAUGGGUAGCUGUGUGUAGCUAUGUGUGGUUAUGUGUAGCUAUGGGUAGCUGUGUGUAGCUAUGUGUGGUUAUGUGUAGCUAUGGGUAGCUGUGUGUAGCUAUGUGUGGUUAUGUGUAGCUAUGGGUAGCUGUGUGUAGCUAUGUGUGGUUAUGUGUAGCUAUGGGUAGCUGUGUGUAGCUAUGUGUGGUUAUGUGUAGCUAUGGGUAGCUGUGUGUAGCUAUGUGUGGUUAUGUGUAGCUAUGGGUAGCUGUGUGUAGCUAUGUGUGGUUAUGUGUAGCUAUGGGUAGCUGUGUGUAGCUAUGUGUGGUUAUGUGUAGCUAUGGGUAGCUGUGUGUAGCUAUGUGUGGUUAUGUGUAGCUAUGGGUAGCUGUGUGUAGCUAUGUGUGGUUAUGUGUAGCUAUGGGUAGCUGUGUGUAGCUAUGUGUGGUUAUGUGUAGCUAUGGGUAGCUGUGUGUAGCUAUGUGUGGUUAUGUGUAGCUAUGGGUAGCUGUGUGUAGCUAUGUGUGGUUAUGUGUAGCUAUGUGUGGCUAUGUGUAGCUAUGUGUGGUUAUGUGUAGCUAUGUGUAGCUAUGUGUAGCUAUGUGUGGUUAUGUGUAGCUAUGGGUAGCUGUGUGUAGCUAUGUGUGGUUAUGUGUAGCUAUGUGUAGCUGUGUGUAGCUAUGUGUGGUUAUGUGUAGCUAUGGGUAGCUGUGUGUAGCUAUGUGUGGUUAUGUGUAGCUAUGUGUAGCUGUGUGUAGCUAUGUGUGGUUAUGUGUAGCUAUGGGUAGCUGUGUGUAGCUAUGUGUGGUUAUGUGUAGCUAUGGGUAGCUGUGUGUAGCUAUGUGUGGUUAUGUGUAGCUAUGUGUAGCUGUGUGUAGCUAUGUGUGGUUAUGUGUAGCUAUGGGUAGCUGUGUGUAGCUAUGUGUGGUUAUGUGUAGCUAUGUGUAGCUGUGUGUAGCUAUGUGUGGUUAUGUGUAGCUAUGGGUAGCUGUGUGUAGCUAUGUGUGGUUAUGUGUAGCUAUGUGUAGCUGUGUGUAGCUAUGUGUGGUUAUGUGUAGCUAUGGGUAGCUGUGUGUAGCUAUGUGUGGUUAUGUGUAGCUAUGUGUAGCUGUGUGUAGCUAUGUGUGGUUAUGUGUAGCUAUGGGUAGCUGUGUGUAGCUAUGUGUGGUUAUGUGUAGCUAUGUGUAGCUGUGUGUAGCUAUGUGUGGUUAUGUGUAGCUAUGGGUAGCUGUGUGUAGCUAUGUGUGGUUAUGUGUAGCUAUGUGUAGCUGUGUGUAGCUAUGUGUGGUUAUGUGUAGCUAUGGGUAGCUGUGUGUAGCUAUGUGUGGUUAUGUGUAGCUAUGUGUAGCUGUGUGUGGCUAUGUGUAGCUAUGGGUAGCUGUGUGUGGCUAUGUGUGGUUAUGUGUAGCUAUGUGUAGCUGUGUGUGGCUAUAUGUAGCUAUGGGUAGCUGUGUGUGGCUAUGUGUGGUUAUGUGUAGCUAUGUGUAGCUGUGUGUGGCCAUAUGUAGCUAUGGGUAGCUGUGUGUGGCUAUAUGUAGCUAUGGGUAGCUGUGUGUGGCUAUGUGUGGUUAUGUGUAGCUAUGGGUAGCUGUGUGUGGCUAUGUGUGGUUAUGUGUAGCUAUGUGUAGCUGUGUGUGGCCAUAUGUAGCUAUGGGUAGCUGUGUGUGGCUAUAUGUAGCUAUGGGUAGCUGUGUGUGGCUAUGUGUGGUUAUGUGUAGCUAUGGGUAGCUGUGUGUGGCUAUGUGUGGUUAUGUGUAGCUAUGUGUAGCUGUGUGUGGCCAUAUGUAGCUAUGGGUAGCUGUGUGUGGCUAUGUGUAGCUAUGGGUAGCUGUGUGUGGCUAUGUGUGGUUAUGUGUAGCUAUGGGUAG